AACAUGAAUGACAUUAUAUUCGAAGAAUGAAAAAAUUCACUAUCAUUUUUUCAAAAAUUGUGGCAAACAACUGAAGCCUAAGUUAUGUUUGACUUUUAUUUUAAAACAUGAGUCUGUGUUGACUAAACCAAAUUAAAACAUUGAUAAAUAACUUAACAUAGGUUUUGUUAGUUUUAUUUUUGAUCUGUUACUAUAAAAUAUCUUUUACUUUAAUUUAUAAUGUGUAAUUGAUUAAUAUUUAUAUAAGUAAUUAAAUAUACAUUAACUUAUACAAUAUAUACGUUUCUUCACUUCUAUUUUAUCAAAGAACUUGGAUUUAUCUUACUUUCGUCUUUCCGUCAUUACCUGGUAUCAAAAGAUUUCAAUGAUGAUUUUUUUUAUAAAUGACUCAUAAUUAGUUAUAUAAAUUUUGGCUAUCGAAACAGCAGUUUAACAUAUAUAUAUACAUAUUGUAUAAAUUAAUUACUUAUAUAGACAUUACUUGACAAGUGUAUAGAUUUGCUUAACCUAGUUAUUAAUUACUAACUAAAUUUAAGUAAUGUUAAUCUAUUUAACAAUGUGCCUAUGUUGGUUCAGUCAACACAAAAUUUGAGAUGUAAAAUGAAAUUCAAAUACAGUUUGGUAUCUUAAAUGGUCUAAAUAAAUGUUGGUGUUUUUAGUGGCUGAAAUUUUUAAAAUUUAGGAUUUUUGUAACUCUUUUUUUCUUUCAAACCAAAGCAAACAAAACGACUAAUAGCAUGUCUAAUAUAAUUCAGUCAACCAAAAAAAUUGGAAUUCAAAAUGAAAGUCAAACACAAUUUAAUGUUUUAAAUUAUCCGUCGAACAGUUGAUGUUUUAGUGGCCAAAAUUUGAAAGUUGGAGAUAUUUUUUUAUCAAAAAAAGUUGGGGUUUUUCAUGACGCAAAUGUGCUCAUAGUUUGGCAAAACACAAGGCGACAACUCUAAUGGCUUACAAUAUUCUUCUCACCGUCUUCAUCGUACACGUUUCUAUUUCUCUAACUUCUAGUUAUUCUCAUCCCACAAGAGAUGUUUUGUUUAAACAAGACGAUGAUGAAUCGUACUCUAUGGCCACGAGUGAGCAAGGAUCGUUGAUGAUUGAUGUUGAAGAUCUAGUGAAAGCUCGAACUUUUCAAGCUCUACUCGCUGGCUCAAAAGUGGCUGUGAAUAAAGCUUAUGACCACACUUCAUCCAAGAGUAAUGAUUUUUUUUCACUUAAACAAAGUGAUCCAUUUAAUUUUAUUUUUAUUGGAUAUUCUUAAGCGCUUAUUUAAUUCACUCAUUAUACAAAUUAAAUUGUAGGUUCAAAGAAGAAAAAACAUAAGAUCAAAGUAGGAUCACUGGAUGUUUCAGCCCUUGUUGGAAUCAUAAUAGCAGCAAUUGUGGUUACUAUUAUCAUCAUCAAUGUUAUAUACUUUUACUAUGAGAAGCACAAAACAAAAAGAGAGAAUUGGAUUAAUAUACCCAAAAACAUCCAAUAUUAAUUUUCUACACAAAGCUGCUGAAAACCCUUCCUUCCCUGUAGCAGAAUUAGGUGUCAUGCCGGAAAUACCUCCAAUGUGUGUACACACAGUGAGAGAGAAACCUGAUUCUAAAUCUAAGUAGAUAUGUCACUCGGUAGUAUAGGCUUCUGUUCAACUUGUAGGUUUGUAACAGAGAGCUAUUGACCACACAUUUUCAACUGUAUUACACGUAAAUUGAUGCAAUCUCUAAUUUGACAUUCGUAUGUAGCGUCUGGCAUCUAAAUAGUAUAUAUGCACCUUUAUGAAUAAAAUGCUGUUUUGGGAUAAUAUGAAAACGAGUUAAAAUCUAGUAGGAUAGUUAAGGCUUAUCUUGUUAAUUAGUACUAUAGCUAACACUAAUAACCUCUAACCAUUACAUUAACAUGAUUAUUACAAAGAUGUGAUAAUAUUAGGCAAGAGAUAUAUAGCUAAGAAAGCAUUAUCGUUUACUACUAUGGCGCUAACAUAAUAGUUAGACAUCUAACAUGAGUACGUAUAUACUAAAUAUUAGGUUUAACGGAUAAUAAUUUGGUAAGAGAUGUAAAAUGUAUAAUUUCAGUUAACGGUUAAGAGAAGAUGUAAAAUGUAUUUUAUGUUAGUAACAUGUAAAUGAGACAACAGAAAUUAACAUCUUAUGUUUUCAGCUAUUAAUAACAUGCACAAUAUAUGUUAACAUCUAACUAAGUAGAUAUCAUUGACUGAAAAGAAUUACACACGAAAGACAACUUCAACCUGGAAACUAAGAAAAUGAUAAUUGGAAACUUAUGACACACCUGACAUUCUUCGUCUAGAUCUUAACGUAUAACAAUAACUAUUAACAAGUAACUUUUUAUUUAUCAUAGAUUGUCUUUAUCAUACAAAUCUGGGUGAAAAAGGUACUACAAAUAAUUUUCUCAGGAACCUCACUAAUUUAGCGCGUCCAUUUCAUAUACCACAAAAGCAAACACUUUUCACAUCAACACAUUCCAUUACACAUGAAUACUUGUAUCACCAGUAUAAUUGAUAAAAAGAAAAAAAGAAUCAUCAGUACAAAAAAAAAUAGGAACGAAUCAUGUGAGGAAAAGAUAACGAUAGUGAUUCAGUGGCGGAGCCAUCGCUUGAGGACGUGGGUCACUUAACCCACAUGAAAUCUAUGUAAUUUUUUUAAGUUGUAUUUGAUAUAAAAAAACAGAGAAGAUAUCAUAAAAAUUUGACAAUUGACCCAUGCAAUAUAUGUUUGUUAUGAAAUUGACCCUCCUAAAGUUUUUGGCUGCCUCCGCCACUGUGGUGAUUGGUGGCAAAAUAUCUUCUUUAGUUACGGUUUGGUUACGGUGUUGUGACGGCUAAAAUACAAUGCGAUUAGUUGAGGUUUCUAUAGCCGGAGGUGGUGAUGGUGAAAAAAGAGAAGGUGGUGGUGGUGAAUUCGUUGUAUUGUUCCGUUGUUUUCCCUUUUCCUCUUCACUCGUAGUAACUGUGUUUUCAGAUAUAAAACUGCUGCUUUUACGUUUUAUUUACCAAGGUUUUUUUUAUCUUCAGUAGUUUUCGUGAUUUAUUAGGCGUGUGAGAAAGGUUACGUUCCGACACAAAAUAUAUCUCAUAGAAUAUCAUAGAUUGAUAGAUACAUAGGUACAUAGGGGUAAAAGUGGAAUAUCGAAAAGAUCACAGUGCCGUGACCUAUGUUUGAUCAUUUUCUUAAUUUCGUCUUUUACGGUGCAUACACAGCCUAAUUUCUCAAACAAAAAAGCCUCAAAGUCUUGAACAAGGAUAUUGUCUAAAAGAACUUCAUGAUCGCUAUCAUUACUUCAGUGGAACUACAUAAAUUUGUUUCUAUAAUUUUUUGUUAGAUAGCUUGAUGUAAUGGCUAUGUUCAAAAAGAAAUCAUGUAAUGGCAUUCGCAAAUGGUUGACUUAUUUUUUUACUCUUAGUUUCUUAUGCACUUGUGGUUUACCGGCCGGUUUUUCUAAUAUUGUAUUACUUCGUUGGUUUUAUAAUUUAGAACAUUUUAAAUAUUAUUUAGAAAAAAAAUGUAUCAAUGAUAUAGAGAUCAAUUAAUUUGAUAGUAAUCUCUACAUAGUUGAUUUUGAAGUUAUCUAUUAUAUAUGCAUAACACUUUAAGUUUAAAUAUAUGCAUGACAAUCUAAGUUUGAACAUAUGCAUGACAAUUUGAAAGUGUAAUAGCCAAAUUGUUUAUUAUUUGAUUGUCAAUUAUUAAUUUUAACUAAGAUAUAAGAUUAAUUUUAAAAUGUGGACUUCAUACAAUUAUACAAUAAUUAUGGAAAACUUAGUGUUUAUACAUAGUACAUAUUUAUUUAUUAUGUUGUGAAAAUAUAUAUAUUUAUUAUGCUGUGAAAUUAUUACCUUUUGCACAUAGUAUAUAUGAACAAUUGGAUAUGAAAAUAUUACCUUUUGCACAUAGUUUAUAAUCUUCAUUAAAAUUGUUAAUUUAGUUAUUAAGAUAAUAGUACACAUUUAAAUUGGAUAGUUUAGUAAUCUCGUCUCGCUUAUAAAUAAGGGGUUUUUCCAAAAACCUAAAUAAUAGUGCAGUUUUUAAUAUAUAGUCUUACUUUAAAGUAUUUUCCCAAACUUUCCAUAAAAAUAAAAAGAUAAACAAAUAUUCAUUGUUUGGUUUUCCUCGUGAUUUUGGUCACCUCGACUUGUAUUAGUAACAAACGUCAAAUGCACAAUUUCAACUAUUGUCUUUGUCUUAAAGACUGAGAUUUUAUAUUGUCCUAUUUAGUAUUUCACAGAAAAGGAAUUACGAUAAAGCAAGCAUCACAUUUCAAUUGUAAGUAGAUACCUUGCUCAACAAAAUCAAAUAAAUAACACCAUAAGAAAAUUUAAGCACAUCGAAAUACUCGUCGCACUUUCCUCAAAGAUUACCAAAAAAUGGAGGAGUAAGUGAUUUAUUUCUCAUAAAGACUAAACAACCAACAAACGUUUUGUGCAAUUUAUUUCUCAUAAAUGGAGGAACCAUAGAGAAACAUAAAUGAGUGACUGAGUACUGUGCGAGUUGUGUCAUAUCGAAAGGGGUUAAAAGAAGCGUUUAUCCUUUCGGUUGUGUCCAGUGUCCACAUCAGAUUCACAAGAAAUUGCAUAUGUUACUUCCUUUUUUUGCCAUGCUCUCUACGACGCUCGAGCUAGAUUUUGGAACCAAAGAUCAAAAUCAUGAAAGAAGACCGUAAAUACAAAUUAAGAGAGUCGAUAGCACUACGGUACCGUGCUAUAUCUGUAGAGGGGAUGCUGGUAGCGAGAAGUGGAGAUGCAUUCGAAGGCUUGUUGUUGUUGUUGUUUAGUGGUAUGGUCAUAGGAGAGCAGCGACGUGCAAAUAAGACAUCAACGAAGGAGGUCGCUUAUGGGAGGCUGAGGAGAGGACACAAGGUUUUUUUUUUGCUAGCAUAUUUAUAAUUGAACAAUCUUGAAGAAAGACAGACAAAUGCCACUUUAGUGUUGGUUGUGUUCAACUAAUCUAAUCAUGUUUGAGAAGAAAAACAAAAUGAUAUCAGAGUACGCUUCGAACAUAGAGAACCAAAAGAGCUAAUAUUACGACAGAAAAAAAUAUACAAAAGCACAAAAGCAAACCUUUGGAAGA